AUUGCGUUACGCCGAAAGGAUUUAGUCAAUUCCUGGCUCCAUACGAAGCAACCUCCGUUCGACGAAUUCAAACCACCCCGACGUGUAACAACUUUUUUUUCCUUUAGUUACAAUUACAUUCAUUUCAAUCAAAGGCGACAACAUGCAGUUCUCUUUGACAGUGAGUAAAAGGAACAUUAAAAAAAACAUUGGAACCACGUGAUGUGCCAGCUGAAGUAAAUUGAAAUCCUUCGAUUACUCGUUAAAUUAACCGUUAAAUGAGAAAUAUAAAAAGGAAGAAUCUUCCAUAGAAAGUCGAUGUAAACAAGAGUUUCCAGUGGACGAAAGGUUCAAGAUGUCCAAUCAAGAAUGAUAAACAAAGUCAGUUCCUCCCAGAGUGAACCGAAUUUAUUUACUAAUAUUUAAACAUCAUCAGUCGUGCAACGUUCGUGCUGUGGUUUACAUCCGUGAACAGUGGUCGCAGUUGGUGACGUCGUCAAGAAUUUCCUAAGAACGUUUACCAGGACAAUAAUUAACGUUUCCUCGAUCAACGACAUUGCCUUCCCAUUUUGCAUAACAAAAAGCCACGAAAACGUCGCCGCUGGCUGAGCAAAUCCACGAUGAUACCGCGAGACUUCAACACAUCCGGCAGUGCUGCGUCGCGUGUCGUCGAAGACGCACUCGAAGAGCGUCGUUGCUAGUAAAGCUACCACGCAGUAAUACUCAUUAGUACUUUCGUCUAAAAUCCAUAAAAAUAUAUCCAACACUCCAAUUCGCUUGUAUUCCAGCUCGGCUCCGUCUAAACUAAUUUCUCCAGCUAUUACUGGGAAAAUCAUCUGUGCCUUUCCGAUCAUUGCGAAAGAAGAAGGACAUUUCGAUCCAUCUGGUAGGAUCACUGAAUUCCUCUAACCGAGAAGUAGUGUUCAAUCAACAAAGUCAUCGAAACCUGGUCACCUAGGGAAAGGGACGUUAGCAAGACUUUAAUCGGAAACAACCUAAUCUCAUUGUCGGUGAGAUGUCCGUCACCUGACGCACUCUCACGUGGCGGACACUGCGGUAGCCACCGUUCGAAACAGACAUUGGUCAUUCAGGAAUCUUAGGUUAAUAAACAACCGAGGGUUAUCCGGAUCAUGGCUGGGAAAUCGGAAGAGGUGCAAGAGUGGCGGAUCGCCAGGGAAGGGAUCUCUUUAUUCCUGAACAAUAAAACGGAGGAAUCCAAGGCCCUGUUCAACAAAUACCCUAACAGCUUCCACGUCCGAGCCGGCCGCUGCUUCGUUUCUUUCAUGAACGCCUUAAUGACAUUCGAGGACGGCUACCUGGACGCAGCCAUACAACUGCUGAAAAGCAUGGAAAGGGAGUGCGCGAUGGACAUCGGAUGGCUGAAGUCCGUGAAGAGCCAAGUCUUCAGAACAGAGGAGACCGAAACGGACUACGUGAACAGACUGGAAAGGCAGAUCGUUCUGGCAGACUCGAAAUUCUGCAGAGCGAUCCUAACUCUGCUGCAGCAAGAGUUGACCGGCUACGUGCGCGGCGGCUGGACGUUACGUAAAGCCUGGAAGGUUUAUCAAUAUGCACAUUCGCAGAUCUGGCAGCUGUAUCAACACACGUUCGGCAGGAAGCCUUCGGGCGUUCACACGAGGUGCAGCACGCCUUCGUCCAUCGAUUCCUCGUACUCCCUGCACAGCCCGCACAGCCAGGGGUCAUCGGAGUUGUCUAUAUCAUCCUGCAACGAUCUAGCCAAUGGCACGCCGGUCUCCUCGCCUUCGAGCCUACGAAAUUCGCUGUCCAUGCUGUUCUCGCUCACCGGGAUUACCGCCUGUGAGCAACAGACUCCGUUCGUAGCGCCCACAGAAGUUUCCCGGCUGAUGUCCGCCGUGAACUUCGGCUACGGGAUUUACCAGCUGUGCGUCAGCUUGCUGCCGCCAUCUUUGGUGAAGGUUAGCCAUUUUCUCGGCUUCGAGGGCGACCGCGAGGCUAGCCUGGCCGCGCUGAAAAACGCGCGGCUCAGCGAGGAUAUGCGAGCUCCUCUCGCCACUUUAUCCUUACUCUGGUACCAUACAAUCGUGCGUCCGUUUUUCGGUCUCGACGGGAAUAAUCUGCGGGCAGGCGUAAAUGCUGCGAAACAAUUGAUAGCGGAGUGCCAUCCGGAAUUUAGCGAUUCUGCGCUUUUCCUCUUCUUCGCCGGUCGAAUCGAACGGCUCGAGUCGAACGUCCUCGGCGCUCUCGACGCUUACAAGAAAGCUGUCGAGGUCUCGAAUCAAAGGGAGGUGAAGCUACUCUGUUUGCACGAGAUGGCCUGGUGCUACCUGAUCCGUUUCAACUACGACAAAGCUUAUCCGUCGCUCUCGCGACUUUGCUACGAGUCCAGGUGGUCGAAGAGCUUCUACGCUUACCUGGGCGCUGUUUGCUGCGGCGCGAUUGGCAACCUGAAAGAUUUGGCGAUGACCUAUCAGAAGAUACGUUACUUCGCGAAAGGCAAGAGCAGGGAAACACAGCUGGGCCUGUUCAUCCAGAGACGAGCGCCGAAGCUCGUGGACCAAGAAACUGGGCAGCCUUACACCGUCCUGUAUUACAGGCUGCUCGUGUACGAAUUACUCUACCUGUGGAACGCCAUGCCGUCCUGUACCUCGGAGUCCCUGCGAAGGGUGCUUUUAGGUAACAGAAAUAAUGAAGUCUGUGAUUAUGAGGACGAUCCGAUGAGCGUUCGAAACACGUACUGCUGCGCCAACGGAGGAACCUGUCCAGCCGCUAUACUAAAUUCCUCUGGUCAGCCAGCUUGGUACUGUAAACUCGUCAAACCGUUUGUAUUUUGCGUGAUUACGUCGUUAUUAGCCAUGUCCGUGUCCCAUCUGUGCGACAAGUACUCCGCCAACAGCAGCUUCAAAGUGAUCAGAUCGGAUCUAGUGGACCUGAGGACUCAUUUGAAUACACUAUCGAUGGAAGUGCAGAACGUGUUGGAAACGCGAGACGACCUGAGGAGCAAACUGAAAGAGGUUAGCCACGCGAUCCCGAAAAUAUCGGAGGCCAUUUUGUACUUGAGGAACGAGGUGUCUGAAGGAAUGGACACGCACACGAAAGCGUUGCUAAAGGCCAUGUCGCCGGAAACGGUGAAAGACUUGGUGAGGACCGAACUGCAGACGUACGACGCCGACAAAACUGGCAGAACGGAUUACGCUCUUGAGAGUUCAGGGGGUACCAUCCUCUCUACGAGAAACACGGAAACGUACUCGGCUGGUGCUCCGGUGUUGAAACUCUUCGGAAUCCCGCUUUGCCAGCAACAGAACACACCGCAGACUAUAAUUCAGACUGGCGUUCUUCCGGGCGAAUGUUGGGCGUUCAAAGGCAGCGCCGGCAGCGUUGUCAUACAGUUACUCGGCUCCGUGUAUGUUUCUGGAGUCAGUCUGGAACACAUCCCGGAAUCCAUAUCACCCACAGGAGAAACGAGCACUGCUCCGAGGAAUUUCUCGCUUUGGGGACUGGAUUGCGUGGACGACACACACCCCUUCUGCUUCGGCGAGUUCGCGUACGAUAACACUGGACACACUUUACAAUACUUCGAGAUCGAGAAGGAACCGAGGAAGCCGUACGAAAUAGUCGAACUAAAGGUUCAUUCGAAUAGCGGUAACGAGGAAUACACCUGCAUCUAUCGGAUACGAGUCCACGGCACAUUAAAUCGGAAGAACAGAUAGCUUCGAGGCAAUUAUGGAACACGGUGGUCGAGCAGAAGAAGCAAUUUCGCGUCCACGUAGCGUAGAAUUGAUAGUAUAAUAUACAUUUCGAUAGGAUUUUCGUACGUACGUAUUAUGUAUCAUCGUGUAGCGAAUAAAGAACUAUUUUGGAUUAUUUAUUAACUAACUUAAUUAGCGUAACAUAGGAAUUAACACUAGACUUACGGAACCAGUCAAUUUCAGUCAUAUUGAAUUUUGUAAACAUUGGUAAACGGUUGAGUCGAUUUUCAUUGACUCAAUUACAUGAGUCUUUAAUAAAUUUUUAAACAUUUGGUUCCCCAGAUCUAAACGGAAAAUUGUAUAAUAAAUGUAAAUCUAGUGUUAAUUAAUUAAGUAUCCAUUAAGCACAGAUACUAUCGAAUAUUCAGUUGAUAGUGAUUUUCAGUCUGUUCUCGUA